AUGGCCUUGGUGUGGCUCACGGUGUUUCUGACGUCUGUCUCCGGUCUGCUGCAAUCGGAGGAAGAUCCCAAUUUACCGAUUAAGAACCUAAGGAUGGAGCCGGCAGAAAGGAGAUUGACCUGGGACCUCCAUGGAAAUGUUCCUGAAAUUCUGUGUUUCAUAAAUUCAAAACGUAUCACUAAGGCCAUCGACAACAAUCAUUACUGCCAGUUCCAAGUACUUCCCUUAUGUGAAGUGAAAAACUUCACUAUCUCCUUGACCAAAGGCCCACCGUUCUUGAUGGGGAUUCAGUAUCCUCUGCAAGAAGGGAACCCUGGGGCAGCCGCACAACGUCUGGACUGCUGGGUGCACGACGUGGACUUCCUGACGUGCAGCUGGGAGGUGGGCAGGGAGGCCCCCGGUGACGUACAGUAUCGCUUAUACUGGCAGGAGCUGAGGACCCACAGGGAGCAGGAGUGUCCACAUUACGAAACGGAUGAUCGGGGGAAACACGUCCGGUGUCAUUUCAAUGAUGUGUCCAGAUUGCCGAAACAUCUCCAGAUCCUGGUGAGAGGCACAAGCCACGGCGCCAGCAUCCCCUGCGUGGACCGUUCUGUCGAAUUAUCAGAAAUUGAUUUUGCCCAUUCUUUAACCUUGGAAGGACCUUUUCCUCUCCUUCCCAUCACCCUAAAUUUCUAUGAAGCCUGUUUUCAAAGUAUCUUCUGGGAGUGGGCUGGGGGGAUGUUGAUUUGUUUUACUCAUAAAAGUCUCUUUGUUUUUUUUUUUCCCCCUGUCCUAGAGAGAUUAAGUUCACCCAAUAUCACUGCAACGUGUAACAAAUCAUAUUCGAUGAUGGAAUGGAAAGUGUUAAGCCACGUCAAUCACAGAUUUGAGUAUGAACUUCAAAUACAAAAGGGCAGCAAUCCUGCGUACACAGAGAAGCUCCAGGAAAACUUCUUCCAGAUUCACAAUCCCGGGAACUACAUGGCGAGACUAAAGGUGAAAGGUUUCUUCCGCAACACGUGGAGCGAGUGGAGCGUCCCCCAAUACUUUGGGCCCCGCGGUCCCAGAGGGGAGCCUGAGGUCUUUGCAGAUCGGGGGCCUGUGCCCUCCUGGACGCGCCCGAGUGCCUGCUGCCUGUCGGGGAGCCCCUGGGGAAGGCUUCAGGGCUGGGUGCAAGCACCAGCCCUGGGACCUGCUGACGUGCCCCGCCCACCCUCUUCCGUAGUGUGCGACCUCGGGGAGGACUCGCGGUGGCCCGACUGGCUGUUGACCGCGCUGGUCUUGCUGGGAACACUGCUGGUCCCGGGGCUCGCGGUCGUGCUGUGUGGAAGGUACUCAGUGUUGCAGAAGCUCUUCCCCCCUAUCCCUCACAUGAAAGACCCCAUCACUGACAACCUUCAGAGCAGCAAGUUGGUGGCCUGGGAGGCCAGCAGAGCAAGCCGGGAGGACUGCCCAGUGGCGGAGGUGCAGGUUCUGGGGGAGACGUGACACAGGACGUCAGACCUCCUUCUCGGCACGGCCAGGGGCCCGCACAGCCUGGCUGCGCUUGGACCAACGGACGACUGUAUGGGGGUGGGGGGAGGGACACCCCAGCGCACGCUCCGCGGAGCCGCUACAACCAAGGAAGAAGAGUUGUGUCAGGCUCAUUUCGUAAAUAAACGCCGUUUCCACCC